CUUCGAUACUACCUUGUGUUUUUUGCUUAGCUGGCGAAGAUUUCUAUUCUAAACAAGCCGAUACGCCUAGCCAAUUUUUAAAACUUCACGGGAAUGAGUUAGUUUUUCUAAGUGAGGAUCACUCCUUUCUCCCAAACUGGUACGUAUACAUAUGUCUUAUGUUUUGAAGUAUUGCCUCAGAUCGUAAGCGCUGUAGCCUCGAUGUCAUGCCAGAAUUGCACGUACAGUUCAGCCAAAAAACGGAUAUCGUCCACGCGGUCCGCGGGCUAAAUGUGGGGCAUGAAGGCAAGGGGUUUCGUUUGGCAAAUUGUCUCUUUUUUUGCAUCUUGCGAGAUAUAAAAAUUUGGGGGCACCUGGCUUCAGUUUCCAUCACUGGGUACAACUUUCAAGUCAGUUUCCCUGACCAGAGAAAAUUGCCUCGAGUGCGCGUUUCAUAUUCUGCUGCGGAGGUUUUCAAAGAUAGUUGUAAAGUUUAAACAAUGAAGGAAGAAGAAACGAAAACGGAGAACGGAUGUUUAUGAUCCUACUACCAAUUGCAAAUGUCGCGCAAGCGAUCCCAUCAGGCCUACAAAUUAUACUGGACUGACCUGAGUUGUAAAUACAGAGUGGGGAUGUAAAAAAGUUAUCCAAAACUGUACUAAUAGAGCCUUCCAAAUUUAAUAAAUUAUCUCGAAGAUUAGACAUUCGCCUAACUGAUGAUCGCCUACGUUUUAAAAAGAUUAUACAAAAGACAACGCUGACUAAAAGUCACUCAGUUUCAGUUUAGCACGAGAUGAACUCCUGAUCAUCACUAGUUGUCUAAUUCUGAUCAUCACUAGUUGUCUAAUUCUUAUAACGCAACUUCCGUUAUUACGGACAACCUCGGAACCCAAAUAACGGGGUAAGAUAUGGAAUGUUGAAUGAAAACGCCUGACUUUACAUAAAAUGUCUUUUUAAGAUAAGAUUAACCUUAGAACCAACUCAAACACGGAAAAGAACGGGAUGGAAUGGACGAUUUUUAUAUUCACUGACUUGAAAGAUGUCUUCAGGAAGUAGAAGAAGAAAUUUUUUUAAUUGAUACGUGAAAAUUAAGCGUUGACCUUCCUAAAAAGAAAUGUUAGAAGAAGUUAGAUGAUAAAAACGGAAGAGAUAAAUCUUGGCGUUGCCUUGUUCUCUGUAAAUACUUUACGUUAUCAUGUAACCACCAAUGAUAUACCAGCUCAGCUUUCGCGCGAAAACAUGAUAUCUUCUCUUUUUUUUGGAGGGGGGUAGUGCGCGAGGCGGCUCUUGAAACUUUUUCCCAAAGUAUAAUUGCUCUCAAUAUUUUAAACCUGAUUCAAAAUUAGAUACCCUAUUUUAGCAUCCUUGCAUGAUUUGAGGUCAUUGAAUGGCAAAAAUGAAAACUGAUGGGAUUUGCUGAACGUUUCAACAAGAAGAAAUGUAUUUUUACAAGUCUGAUAAAAUUUCAGUAAAGCACGCUAGUGUAACACGGAACUCUUACUUUCAGUCCGAAAUAAUAUUUUCCGGGUGCUCCGGUUUUCCCCUAGUCAAAAACCAACAUCAAUAUCAUGGAUGAUUGUGAAAAAUUUAAGUAUUCAUAAGUGAGUUUGGUUUUGUCAAUCCAUAUUUAACUUUGUUGUUGUUGUUUUUUGUUCUACAUCCCUUGGAAAUAAAAAAUGCUUGGUCCCUAGGAACAGAAGUGCGCCCUCAAAAACUAGGUUUUUGCCCUGCGAACGAGUUUACAGGAUAUUAAACAGUAUAUUAAUAGAUGAAAAGCUAAUAAGCACGGUGAACAUCACUCAGAAUCUCUCUCCACAGAUGAUACUCGAACCGAUCGUCUGCAUUUGAAUGGAUGAAGAUGAAAAUUCUGUAAAGUCGGAACAGAAACCCGUCAUCCCGCGAAACGAAUGCUUGAACACGUUUGAUGAGCUACUGAAGGUUACUGGAGGAUUUGGCCGUUAUCAACGCUUCCUAUUCAAAUUUCUUAGCUUUGGCUCAAUCCUUGUCGGUGCUCAAUUUGGCUUGCAGUAUUUCUAUGGCGCUACUCCUGACUUUUCUUGUGUUUCAAUGCCUCAUAAUGAGACCUGCGAUCCUGGUAAAUGCUGCGAAAGUUGUCAAAAGUACGAAUUCCAUGGUCCAUUCACAAGUGCUGUCUCACAGGUAAAUUUACGUCCCGGGGAAGGGACUCCUCAUAUGAAAGGGAUGGGGAUGCUCGUCGUCUCGCUUAGGGGUGUAAAUUUCGGAUUUUGGUCUUACUUAGGGUGUUAUGGGCAAAACGCCAUCAUAUUUAGCCGUGAAGGUCUCGUUUAGGGUUGCACGUGAAAAAAUAUAAAAAUAUAUACAUUGUCUGUGUUUUAACAUGGUCCCUUUUAGGGGACAAAAAAGCUUGGGCCACGCCCAGAUCGGUCUCCUUUAGGGGUAUAAAUCAAAAUUUCCGACGAGCAUCCCACCCUCUUUCAUAUGCAGCGUCCCCCCGGGAUUUACGUUCACUUAAAGGGGUUAUGACACGCUACUCGCUAUCUUUUUAAAGGCUAACACGUGUCUUCGAAUCAAACGACUUCCAAAAAUAAUGCACGGUCCAGUUUCCAGUGUUAUUUCAGACUAUAUGUAGGAUUAAAACUGUUUUCUGUCAUUUGUUGUAUCGGAUGUCAAGGACGUAAAUUGGCGGUUUGAAACUUGAAAAAAUGGGGCCAACUUUUUCAAGUUUAAAAGCUAGACCAGCAAAAAUCACCGAGAAAAAGUAUCAUGGUUAGUGCUGCCUGAUAAAAUAUGUUUGAUAUCCUUUUUAUAUACCUCGACAUGAGCAUUGCCUGUGUAAAGAUACUAAAUAAGUAAUGACGUCAGCACAAAAUUGACCUAAAACAGUAGGACAGAGAGAGAGAGAGAGAGAGAACAGAAAAAGAGAAAAAGGGAACAGAAAUAUAAUAUACCAGUUUAAUUUUUGAAACUAAAAUCGACAACAAAAACUCAUGUGGGAGAUGAAAUGGAAAUCAUACCGACCAGGGAAAGGGUAUUUCUUCGUGAUAAGCGCCAACUCUCUAAUAAGCGUCCUUCUCUUUUUCCUUUCUUUUGUUUAGUGGGAGCUAAUCUGUGACCGGCGACAUCUUAAGGCCUUGAUUCACACUGGUUACCUGACGGGAAUGCUUGUUGGCAGUCUUCUAGUCAGCCGAAUCUCCGAUAAUUUUGGACGAAAAGUGGCAAUUUUCAUGAGCCUCGGAUUCCAGGUUGGCGUCUCCUCGAGGUCAUCUACUAGCCAUUUUAGUUUUUUUACCAGUCGAAACUCCACUAACAGCCCCCUCUUCUCAACGGUCAAUUAUUUUGGUGGUGAGUCAAUACAUUGACUCUUGUUUGACUCUCGGCCACUUUUUUGUGUCCCCAAGGUGACCGUUGUGGAGUGUUUCAACUGUAUAUUCACCAGAUGGUAGGGGAAAGGGAGAUUGUGAAUGGUACUGAGGAAAUUCAGAUGCACUAGGAGCUCAUUUUCAGUAAUCACCAUCUCGCUCCUUAAACACUGCCAAAAUGAAAUUUCACAAAAAUUUCAGAUUUCAGUUUUUUUUCGUUAAAUCCUUAGAAAUAGAGAGUGAAAACAGUCUGUCAAAGAGGUUUGAUUACAAUGGUUACAUUACAGAAUAUUGUUUGACGGAUUUAACAGUUAUUAGGCCUGUGAAUCACAGGGGGUACUGCCGUCUCUCCUUUCCUCCUGGCCGCCUGGGACGUCUCUUUUGCGAAACGUCACUAGCGGCGUGGAGAGCGGAGAAUCGUCAGUAUUCGAAGAUCGGCCAUCAGAGCUCUUUACUGAAGAGGAAAUAUCCUCCCCAUACGGUGCAUAUGCAUGGCUCUAGGAACGAAAGCAUAAGAGAAGAUUAAAUCAAGGCUUUUUAUUGAUCAACAGGCUAUGUUUACUUCGGCAUCAGCAUUGUCAGAAUCCUUGUCACUCUUUAUUUUCCUUCGAUUUAUCGCUGGCGUUUUCACAUCCGGAUUUCUUGUGCCCCGGUUUGUUUACUGCGUUGAGAUAGUGAGCACGGCUAAUCACUCCUUUUUUGGGAUAAUAAUCAAGUUGUUUGCCGAGCCUGUUGGAGGAUGCAUCCUUGCUAUACUUGCAGCCUGGGUUACAAACUGGCGUCAUCUAAUGCUGGUGGUGUCUUUGCCAUGUUUUCUGCCGCUUAUCUUUUGGUGGUAAGUUUGUUAAGAUUUUACUUUCACGUUUUUGUCUUAGCAGGAGAAUAGCCAGCCUGCGUGGUAGAUGCUUGAGAGUAAUUCUUGGGCCAAUUACCUCCAAGCGCCUGCUACGCAGGCUAAGGCGAAGCCAUCUUUCAUUGUCCAAUCGACUUAGGCCUACUCUGGCUAAAGUUUAAGUUGCCUUAAAUUGCCUAAAGUCGCCUAAAGUUACGGCGACUUAAGGUCCCAGAGUAGGCCUCGACUUCCUGUAGGCCUGGCUCUUUUGGGGGGAAGAUCUGGUUAUAUGCUCUACCUGUCGAAAUUUCAUUUCCCUUUUAAUAAUUCUGUUGAUGUCACAUAUGAUAAGUGCCCACUAAUCUCUGAGCUCUCGCGCUUUUCAGUUGACCCCAAGGGAAAUUGUAGAAGCCCGGGACUACAGUCUGGCCACGCCCAUGUAUGGUCGUGUCAGUCUAGCCCAUAGAGGGUGACUGCUAAGUUUUUUUAGGUUAAUUAGCUAGUACAGACCAAGAGCUUCGUUUCCCAUCAUCGUUUCCUCCUUCAUUUAAAGUGGAUCGGUCGGUCGGGCAAAACGAAAAAUAGAAAAGUCUGAUUUAUGCGACAGGUCACGGUUUUUAAACUGUUAAAGUAGAACGUUUAAAAAUUCCCUGAAGUGUUUAAAAUUAAAAGAUGCCAAAAAAACCUUCGUAGUGAAACCUUUUUUAUACUGUUAAGAAUCUAUUUAAGAAUUUCUUGUAAUGAGUUAUUUUCCAUGGAGAUAACUUUCAGAAACCUCUGCUUUAAAAAUAAUCCGCAUAAUUUUGACUCCCCUUUUUACGCUGGGUGAUAACCCCAUGGAAAGUCUAUCAAUGGAGAUCCAGCCUACGUCCACAUCCAAACUAUGGAUACAAGACUAGCAAUUGAUGUCUCGCAUUUUUGGACAGAAGAUGAAGGGGACUUUUCUUGAAAUAAUGAUCAUACCUAUAGGAUUUGACUGAAUUGACAAGCCCUUUUUAGACCCAACCGAUCACCUGAAAGGUAAUGGAAGGUAAAAUUCAGGUUCGGAAGAGAACGCAUUUUAUUCGUGGACUUUGCCUUUAUAGAGAGUCUCAAUGGGAUUGAACGGCAGCCGUCAAGGACGCACAGCCUUAAAAUUAACCAUCAACCGUCAAAAUUGGCAAAAAAUAUAAUCAUCAAGGCUAUCAUCUUCUUAUACACCAGCAGUCAUUUGAUCUUUUUCGUCUCUCGAUUUUCAGGCACAUUCCUCGCUCUCCUCGAUGGCUGAUCGCAAAUAAUCACUUUGACGAAGCACACGACGUGUUAAUGAAAUAUGCUAGGUACAAUCACGUGACUGUGGACUCUGAACAUAUAAAAAACGUAAUACAUGAAGUUCGAGGAAACGAAACAAAAUCUGGAAUCCUUGAUAUUGUGAAAUCAACCAAGCUACGGAAGCGAACCAUGAUCUUGAUCUUUAACUGGUGAGUAGUUUAUUCUUUAUAACGGUCAUUACUUUGACAGAAACGGCACCAACUUACAAGGUCUCUAGCAAUCACCUGUCAUAAUACUAACUACCCUGUUCCAGGCUCCAAGACAUUAGAGUCCUAUAGCGCCAGUUAUUUAAAAGAAGUUUAACCAGUGUUUAACAAAACCACGUUCUGAGCCAUUUUCGGUUUUCUGAACGCUUUUAUGUAAACACCAUUUAUCGGACUAGAAAAGCAUUAUGUUUUCUUCUUAUAAUAACCCACUAAAGAAUGGAUCUGGAGUUCAUUAGAUCUAAACCGUGGUCUAAGUUAGACUCAGGGGUUUCGUUUCAGGCUGGAUGUUGUUUGACAUGUAACGUCUUGUAGUUCAAAUAAUUUUUCUUAAGUAUAAUACCAUCAACUGACGUGAUACAACUCACUUUGACUCUGAAGAUGACUACCGUACAGGUUGUUGAAACGUCAGUCACUGUCAACAACAACAGUCCUAUUCAGGACUACGUUCACCCGGACGAUCAAACUCAACCUACUUUCGAUUAUUAUAUUAUUGCCAAAUCAAAUUCUUCAUUUUUUGUGAGCAUAUUUUUUAUGCCUUAAAAGACCUUCCCAGUUUGCCAAUGCCGGUCCAGGGAACACAGGAAAUCGCAUUUUAGCCAGUCUACUUUGAAAAAUCUCCCCCCGGGGGAGAAUGGACCCGGACCGCCAGUCAAAGUUUGCACCUGCGGCUCGAGCGGCGCAGGUCCGUCGGCUGAAUCUCGGCAUCCAGUUCUUCCAAAUGUUACCCGUGAAACCCUGGAGACCUCGUUUAACCAACCGACCCUUAGAUUCUAAGGCGGGAACGACUUGGAGUACGAGAUUUUCUCUGUAGAGUACUAAGUAGUGCUUGGGCGAGAAUCAGCUCUCGUUUUGGUAGGGUAACGUGAUAGCCGUAGUCAUUCUACUACGAGUUUUUAGCGUCAAAUAUCAUUCACUCUCCUAUUGGUCAAUUGUCAUGACGUCACCGAUGGAACUUCCUGGUGGAAUUUCGCGCCAAACCGGUCAAAAGUCCAUUAAAUUGGCAUAACCAACCGGGAAAAAUAACAAAGGACUUUCAGAAAGUCUACAUUAUAACGUGAAGUAAGUAAAGAGGAAUUAAUUCUAGUAAAUCACAAAACGAAUUAUGAUAUAGUUCUCUUUCUGUCACUUAGGUUUGUUAUAGCUUUGGUUUAUUACGGACUGGAGCAGAGCGUUAAUAAUCUUCAUGGAAACAUGCCAGUUUAUGUGAAGAAUUUUUUUCUCUUUUUUAAUCAAGCUCCAUGUUUCGCAAUCAGCUUCUGUUUAGAAAGGUAAGCUAAUUUGAGAUUUAAACUGAAAAUUUUUUUUUAUGCCACAAAAUGAAAAUGCAGAGUUUAAGUGGUGAAACCACUAACCUGCUAGUGAAUGACAGGACAAAAGGAGGAAAAAUCGGAAGGGAAAGGGAAAACACAGCCAGAAGGUCUGAUCACAGGCUAUGAACUAAAGGCCGGGAUUGGCUUCUUUUGGCUGAGCGUUGGCCUGUGGGUCGAUGUUUUGUCCAAUCAAUGAAAAAAUUCCCAUAGUGCAAUUCGAUACAACAUUCAGACCUAGUCUCACUCUUAAACUUUUAAUGGCUAAUAGCCUCCUUGCCGACGUCUCCUAUAAUACGCCCGAGAAAAUGGUCGCGCGAAAGUACAAAAUUACCCUUCUCGUGCUGAAAAUAUUGCACUCGUUCAAGUGUUCAUUAGUAAAUGAAAAAUAUAUAGAAAGCUUCUAUUUUUUUAAAAAAAAAUAAGGCGUAAAACAAAGGAGAUAGGAAACGUCUGCAUCAUAUACGUUUAGAGGAGGAUGUCCUUUAAAGUUGUCAACUUUAAUAUUGAUAGGUUUGGUCGCCGUUUGUCUUAUUCCUCAUUCAUGAUGUUGAGUGGGUUGAUUUUUAUGCUGGCGUUAGCAGUACCAAGUGAAAAUGGUAAAUAAAUGCGAUUAUUAGCUUGUUCUGGGCCCAGUUGUUCGAAAGCCGAUUAGCACUUAACCCGGGUUUCUUCUUCUUGAGUUCAAAAGCAUUUUCUCGCAUAAUUCUGUCCGUUAUUUUUAGAGCUUCCAAUCAUCAACUUGUAGGCAAAUAGAAUUAAAACUGAAACGCUUUUUUUAAAAGCUUAAAAGCUUUCACAUCUGAAUUCAAAUCUCACACUAACCCUGGGUUAACCCAGCUUUGAACAACUCGGCCCUGAUCUGUAAAACUUGGUUUCAUUCGCCUCUUUAGAAACGAGAGAAAACUGGGUCGAGUUAACUUCGCAAAGACUCCUGGGACUUUUACUGAGGAAAGGGGAAAAAUGGGCCAAAGGUGACCAGCGCUGUCUCAGAAACAUUUCCGGUGUUCGUUCCAGUGCCCUUCGCGUUUCUCAUAGUGGGAAAUACAUAAAUUCUCCCUACAUUCUCCUCAGUUUGUCACGUGAGCCUGCGUAAUGGACGACAACAUGAUGGACGUGCGAGUAGCAUGUCGGGCGCGCGAGUUCUCGCGCGCCUUUAUUUUCUUUUUAUUUCCCUUCAAACUCCUUCCAUGCAGGUUAUCUAACUAUCACGUCUGUAUGAAAAUCAAAAAUCGGAGUCGAUAAGCGCAAUGGAGUUGGAGUCCGAAGAAUAAGGACGGUUUGCAUUUUCUUCCCACUCCGACUUUGACUCUGUCGAUUACGAUCUUGCAAAAACCAGAUUGUCGGGGUUGAAAGCAGGAUAAACCAGUCACAAUGCAACUCCCUCUCUUCGUGAUUGGUCUAUUUCUUCAGCUUCUGCCUGCGAAUCCGACAACUUGGUUUUCUCUAGAUCGUAAGCGGAAUCAGAGUGCUGUUUUCGCUGGAUCAUAACGCUCUACGAUUCUUUCCUUGUAAUGAAAACGAGCCUAUAUAGUAAGUCAUAGUAGUGUAGUACGGACCUAAACUGACCUAAAAUUAAACUAAGUACAUUUCUUGCCUCCAGUUCUUGUUUGUCGAACAGUGCAAAGAAUAAAAGGGUUUGACCUUUAACGGCAAGGGUAAAUGACAUUUAAAAAAGCACAGGGGGUCCCUCUGGCCGAAGGGGUAUGUGCAUGUGGGGUUUAGGGUGGAUGGGUGGGUGAUGGGGUGUUUGGGAUUAAGGGAAAUUUAACGGAGGUUAGGAGUAAUUGCCCGUGUUCAAUUAAAGAUAAACUGAUCAUCUCGCUACCCCUUCUUUGAAGCCUUCCCAUUUCACAAAGAAUUAUACCCCAUUAUUUCCUCCUACACACACUCGUGGAUGCUCUUUGGGCAUCGUUACACGUUCUACCCCAGGAGCGGAGAGGAAAGCGCGUGACGAAGCCUUACGAACGUCUGUUAGGUGGCUGGUUAACAACCUAUCUCUCGAAUAACCAGAACAGUGUUUAAAGAUACUCUGCUCUUUCUUUCCAGAAUACGAAUUUGUUAUUGUCGUUAGCGCGAUUGCUGGCAAAUUUUCCAUCUACAUCUCCUACAUGGGACUGAACUUUCACGCCGUAGAGCUUUACCCAACCGUGAUAAGGUACUGAAUAGAUCAUAACUCUAGCUUACAGUUUAAGGUUUAAUAAUGUUUAUAAUAAUAAUAGUGAUAAUAAUAAUAAUAAUAAUAAUUAAUAAUAAUCACUUAACGUCAGAUCCCUAGGGAAACAGUUAGUUUUGUUUUCCCGAGAGUUCUGAUGUUUCCCGAGACGAAGUCGAGGGAAACAUCAGCAUUAAGUGUUUUGUUAUAUUUCUAGACUUUCACUUCGAGAGCAACAAAAGAAUAACCGGAGCGAACCAAAACAGUCGACUCGGUACUCAUAACAACACAAAUUUAAUUCUUAAAACCACUGAAUGAAUGAUUUACAAAGUACUUUCCUUAUAUUAUCUGCAUCUUUUUCCUCCACUAGCUGCUGUUUCUCCUCUGGGAUGACUUUAAAAAUCGUUGCUUUUUAGCUUGAGGCUUCCUGUUUGUGUUCAAGUUGUUGCGUUCAUUCACGAAAAAGAAAACGGGCAGUGUUUUUCCCGCCUUCUCUCACACCACUUUCCACUAUGCUUUGAUCACGUGCUGUAACGUAGAUCGAGCGGGAUACAUUUCUUAAUGUAUCACGAUUGGGAUACAUUUGGUUUUAGUCGAGGCCACGUGACCAAGAAUCAACCAAUGGCAGUCCCUGUUUAGUUGAGUGAAAGUCUAGGAAUAUAACAAUAACCUUUUAUUGAUGACAAAACUAACUAUUAAAACCUAUUUACAAUUAAUAUCGCUGAAGAAGGAAAAAAAUAAUAAUAAUAAUAAUAAUAAUAAUAAUAAAAGUAAUAAUAAUAAUAACAAUAAUGAUAAUGAUAAUAAUAAUAAUGAUGAUAAUAAUAAUAAUAAGGUUUAAUAAGGCUUAUGUCGAACCUCUCCUGCGAUGUUCUCCUCUCAUGCUGGAAAUGUAGUUACUGAUAGUGUUAUCUAUUGAUAGGAACACUGCUCUUGGGUUAUCAGGACUCCUUAUCUAUAUUGGUGGAGCUCUUGCCCCCGCUGUUGCUUCACUGGUAUGUUUUUUACUCAUCUAAAUCUACCGGUAUAUUGCUUAUUCUAAGCUUUAUUACAUUCAUUUUGAAAUCACUGGUCAUUUUUACAGAGCAUUACUUUCCCAUUUAUCAUCAGUAACAACAUAUUAUUUUCUGCUUAUCUUAGGGUGACGUGCCAAGUUUAGGUAAGACAUCUCCCUUCCUGGUCUUUGCCAUUUUAUCAUUGGCCGCUGGAAUAACGGAGUGUUGGUUACCAGAAACGUCGACAAGUGAGAUGCCACAAACCGUGGAAGAGGUGGAAGAAGGAGACGAGGAUUAUAGCUUCUAUUGUUGCAAGAAGCGUUUAAACCUUCCCUGGCGCAGAUUGGACGACCAAAGAGAUGUGUCACAGACCAAGGAACAGGCAGAGGAGUCGUGGGACGAGGAUCAUAACUUUGACUGUUGCACCGAGUCUUUAUUGCAUGCCUGGAUCAGGUUGGACGAGCAAAUAGAUUUGCCGCAAACCGAGGAAUUAGGACAGCCAUGGGGGUGA